UUCAUCUCCAUAAACUGACAUCCAAUCUCAAAAAAACUCUUGGGAGCAAAAAGGUUCUUUGUUUUCUGUGAUUUGUUUAAUUUAAUCACUUUAGUUUAAUCUUGAAAACACCCACCAGACAUGCCUUCACGUUGCGAAAUUUGCUGCGAACUGUUGAUCGCCAUUUUGCUCCCUCCUUUAGGAGUUUGCUUAAGGCACGGUUGUUGCACUGCAGAGCUCUGCAUUUGUCUAGUGUUAACGAUACUGGGAUAUAUACCAGGGAUAAUCUAUGCUCUUUACGCCAUUGUUUAUGUGGAUCGGGAUGAGUACUUCGACGAGUACCGGCGUCCACUUUAUUAUUCCAAUGCUUAGCUAUCACCCCAACAACCCUUCUUCAAUUAUCUCUCUCUUUUUUGUUCUUUGUUGGAUUUUAAAAGUGCUUGUUUUUAAUUUAACUUCACUUUUGCUGGUUUUGCUUUAAUCAUGUGUGUGUGUGAAAUGAUGUAUAAUAGCAACAUGUGACUGUUUUUCCUUCG